UUGCGGAAGCGACUGGCUGGCUCAGCAGCCAUUGAUGCGCUUUAUUUGUAAGAGGACAAACCGAGAUUAAUUCCUCCAUAUUCGCUGUUUGCGUGGACAGGAGCCAUGGUGUCUCACUCUCUCGCCCUGCCGAUGAUCUGCUUCACCACGCUAUGGGCUCUGGUGGGCGUCGUGGCUCCGUUCUUAGUGCCCAAAGGACCCAACCGGGGUGUGAUUGUCACCAGUCUCAUCCUCACAGCGGUCUGCUGUUACUUGUUUUGGUUGGUAGCCAUUCUGGCCCAAGCCAACCCUCUGUUUGGCCCUCAGCUGAAGAAUGAAACUAUAUGGUAUCUGCGCUACUUCUGGGAGUAAACAAGGACUGUGUGACGUGAUCAUCAUUCCUAUCCCGUGGUUGGCUGGACUUUAUUUCAACAUAACUCCUAAACAUUAAACAUUCCCACACACACACAAUCUGCAGAACUGAUGAAACGAGUCAGUUUUCUUUGCAAUCUUUGGAAAUAUUUACAUUAAUGCACAGCACCUGGAAUUGAACAUUUAGAGUUUGGUUUUAAAGAAAGAAUUAUUCUAUCUUGUGAGCCCAAUACAACACACACAGUCUAAAGUUGUGACUUGUGAACAAUUUAAAAAUGAGGAAAGCACUGAGCAACAUCGUCUGUUAGGAGUAGAUACUAAUCUCCCCUCUUUGAAAUGUGCAAUCUUUAGUUUACUUUGUGUUUGUUUACAUUUUUGUUUUUGUGUCGCUGCCAUCAGGGAACAUGAAUUUCUAAGUAUUUGUAUUUAUUUGGCCGGCGGACACUGAUGUAAGCGCGUUGUGAUUACCUCAGUGUCCACACGGUCUUGUUAUAUAACUGUUAUUAUCUGUGAUGUAAUGGUGUGUGUGAGUGUGAGAGUGUGUGUGAAGAGUUCAUUACUGUGAGUGCUUGGACUGCAGCCAUGAGAAUCUCCCGAAACCAUAAAAGUGAAGAGCGAUUCCCUCCACUUUAGACCACUUCAGCAUGAAACUCCCUCCCACACUCCCCUCAUGCUCUACACCGCGGAGGUUCUCGUUGCCAUGGUGAUCUCAUCGCCCAAUUCAGUCCCUUUCCACUCGACCCCUUUUGAUGAAAUCCUGCCCAUUCUCGCCUGCUUGUGUACAGAUGUACUGUAGGUUGUACUGUAGGGACGUGUUUUUGGAUUGAGCUGCUGGUAGCUGCUGAUAGAUUUGGUGAUAAUAUCCACUAUCUGUAAAUCUUUUAAUCUGCAUCCCCCCCUCUCACCACCCAAAAAAAAUCUUUCCAAGUAUUUUCCCAUAUAAUCAGCCUUUACAGCAAACUCCUCAUUUAAACUUCAGCCAAAGAAUUCUCUCGGGGUUAGGAACUCUUUAAAGCAAAGUGACCCCUCACAUCUUUUCAGAAGCAGAGAAGUAGCAGCUCUUGGAGUGCAUUCACACCAAAUUCGGCGUUGGCAGCAAAAAAGCCACUCCUCCCAUUCAUUUGAAUGUGGGUAGUUCAUCCAGGCUGCAGUGACAGGGCCGCAGUGGGGGCCAAAAAAAAAGUGCAGUGAAAAGUAGAAUCAGAAUCAACUCGUGGAGAAACAACCCAGCGUCCCGCCAGACCAUACAUGGAUUCAUUUACUAGGAAACAAACCAAUGAGCAAAGUAUGUUGAACAAAAGAUGAAUUCACUGCAUGUUUUACAGACUGUUUUAGUAGCUGCAAUCUGUUGGAAACCCCCUUCAUAUCAGUGGUGGGUGCCACUGUGUGGCUCAUGUAGGAUAUUUAAUCAAAGGCCAACAUUGUCCCAGUAUAUCAUGUCAAAGUGUGGUCAAACCCCAGUUUGUAGUUGCUGUUUAUAGGGCUGCAUAUUUAUGUAGUGGGUUUCAGGGAUGGAACCAAACACUGGGGGCUCAGCCUAAAUCCAGGGGGGGCGGGGGCAUCUGAGAUUUUUCCCUAUUUACGGCAGCUAUAUGCACUAUUUUUGAAAACAUUAGAGAUGAUAAAAUGACUAAAAAUGUGUACAUCAUGUGGGAAAAAUCAUCCUGUAGAGCCUACAUCCUGUUCUGUAUCUUGUUGUUCAAAACAAACAACACAUGUUGAGGAUGACUCAUUUUCACUCCCGCCACCUAAAAAAAGGCAAAGAUUAUCUAAUGUUACUAUUUUUAAAGGAAUACUAUGCAGGGUUGUUGGUUUCUGUUUGUAAACACACUCGUCAGCAAAAGUAAAAGUAAAAGCCAGCCCCAGAUUUCUCUCAUUUGGCAUUUAGCUUCACUAUAUUUGCAUUUUUUCCCUUGCGCUUUGUCUCCUGGAUACCUGCUGCCUACAGUCUGGCACCUGGUUGUUAACUUCUUAUAAAGCCAGAUCUCACCUGAGCACUGUGGGGAUACACACCCAUAACCGUUCCUAACAGUGAAUUGGACUAAUAUCCUAGGCCCUGUAUACAAGCACGGGAGGCGGAUUGGAUUUAUUGACCGAAUUAUGUCUGACUCUGGAGUUCAUGAGGAGUUAUGCGAUUUCUUUUGCAAGGGUUUUCCAUGGCGGGCAGAUAAGAUCAUGUAACAAACCUGUGAGCCAGCAGCUUCUCACAUCAAACAAGUGAACAAAUGAACACAAAUGAGACAAGUUACGUCGUUAGGUGGAAAAGUUUUCAACUUUUCACACGCUCCUCAAUGCGGCAGCCCUCACUGUCGUCUUUACGCUUCUCUGCUGUGACCAUGUCUGCUACCUAGCUAGAAAUGUCUGUUGCUAGGUGACCAUUUGUUUGCUUGAUUACCGUCCCCGCCUUGUGUACCACAUUAGUUCCGUCUGCGUAGUCCCUACUUGGUGCACGUCUAUCGGGCUGGAGCCCCAGAAGCCACCCCCUCUCUCCGCCCCUGCUGGGUUUCUCUAAUCUGCUUCAUUUAUUUAUUUAUUUAGUUGAGUUGCAGGACAUAAUCAAUAUGCUGGCUUCAAAUCUCAGACUGCUAUAAAUUAAUAUCCAUAAGGACAAGAUUAAUCAUCGUGAUUACAUGUACAGCAUGUGCUAACUGCACUGUACUGACUGUAUGCAAUAGAGGGCACAUGUUAAUCUGUGUGUAGCAAGUCAGUGUGCCACCAACUGGAAAAGUGGGUCGCCAGAGAUCAAGAGGUCGAGGUUAUUUCCGUUGACUGUGGUCUCCUCUGUCGGCGCAGCGUGUCUUGUCUAGCACUGAUACAGCAGUCUGAACAUUAACAGAUAAGAACAGUUAGCUGAUGUUUCCAAGGUCAGACAUUUGGUUCAUGUCAUGAUAGUGUUGGAGAGGAAGUCGCCAGCACCUCACAGUUUGUGAUUGUUCUUCGGUACAUGUGUACACAGCUUCAAAAAGGUUUCCUGUUUUAUUAUUUUGCAACAUUUUCAUUGACUAGGAUGCUGGUGUGACACACCUACCUCCUUCUGAUUGCUUUAAGAGUCACAGCCACAGACCACCACCACAACUACAUCUCCCCUUUCCCACUCCUCAUUUCCAACCCUGAGAACCCCUCUCUCCUUCCUUAACACUGUCCCUCCCCGUCCUCCUCUCUAAAACCACUUUGCUUCAGCCAAAAAGAAUCAAAAUCAAUAUACAGCUACUUUUUAGAAAGACCAAAUUGCGUUGUAUCUUUUCCUCCAGCCCUCUUUGGUAGUUGUGGUGGUGGCACGUAUCUACAAGUGGAUGUGUAGAAACUUAGUCGUCAAUACCAGUACCAGUGAAAUUCCACGAUUCUCAAUAUCCAUUUCAAUACCACGGUAAAAAACACAACAAUAGAGGCGUUUGCAGACUGAGUCCGUAGUUUUCGUAUGCUUUGUUGAGAUCAGAAACCUUGCACACUGAGUUUGACGCUUUUUUUAUUGUUCUGUUUGUUGGGAAAAUUUGCAACACGAGACAAGAUAAAACGACACAUCUGCUCCCUUGCUCCUUUCCACUGGAGGUACCUCCCUUUCUGUCUCCACAGUGUCGCUCUCUCUGUGGUCCUCUAUUACAUCCUCCUCAUUAUCCCCAUCCCCCUGAAUAUUGCUAUCUGACCUGUUGAAUGUUGACUGAGUUAUGAAAUGACACUGUGCGCCCAAUUCCUCUCCUGUUGCUCUCUGUAGGCUUUCUACGGACACAGAACAACACAGAAAAUUGAACCUGUUACAAUGACGGACAAAAGUUUCAGAGCCAGUGUGCAAACAUGAUUGACACGUGAGGUCGUAUUUAUUUUCAAAUGUACAACAAUGUCAGACGAAAAAUACAGACUUGGAACGCAAUGGCCUCGAAUUCAUUCAUUCCUUUAUUAAAAAUGUUUUAAGUUAAAUUAAAAUGUUAUUUUUAAGCUCUGAUCAUCCGCCUUGAACACAAAGCACAAGUCUAUGUGGGUUCAUGAGAUUUAAUGGGCGAGGAACUAAAUGUUAAUACAUAGCUCACAGUGUAUUGUUGUUGUUAAUGUUCAGGACUUGUACAUGUAAGAUGUGACGGUUGGUCUUUGUGGUAGGCUAUUCGUCCUGCCUAGGCUUGGGUGGUCUCUAUUUUUUACAUCCCUCAAUACCCUCCUGACAUUUCACCACAGAAUAAAGUGUAUGACGGUAUUAGUGUGCGGCACCGCUCACUAGUUAGUCCACUUUUCCAACAUUCACCAGCUCUGGUUUGGUCGCAAUAAACCCUUAAUACGUUGAGUUUACAGUCCUGGAACAUUAUCCCAACCACUCACAUAUGUUUGACUAGUAGAGACUGACCUCUGGUGGCGCAUACGGUGCACUACAUAGAAUACAUCCUCGAUACAGACUCUUUGUGGUACUGAAAACGAUACCGUCAGGAUUUCUAAAUACCCUGGUACACUGAAGUACCGUAUUACCACCCAAGCCUAGUCCCACCCCUCCUCCUCCCUGAUUAGACAGCUAGGUAAAAGGCGACAGUGAGUUUUAUGCAAAGUUGAACAUUUUUCAACUCUCGGCGACCAGAAGAAACAUGCAGUGAAAGUAGAUGCUCAGUAUGUCUCCAUGCUGCUGCUGUUUGUAGCAUAGUGUAAAUAUGCGGCGCUUUUAUUGCAAUGAAUUAAAAAAAAUAUGCUGGCCUCAGGAAAGAAAAAGUUUUCGACGAGCUGAGGCGGAGCUGUUGCUGCAGCUGCAGUUGUGGCCAUCUUCCAGGUGUUGACGUUCUUUUGUGCUGGUAGGCGUUCUUCCUUUGGCAUUAAAUGACAUUCUAUAACACUUGUAAGCGUAUAUGCUGCCCCUUCAGGUCCGGAAGAAUUGCAUUCCUAUUACCUACAGUACUGGAGAAAAAUCACGUUUUCAGAAUUUUGGCAUCGACUUGAAGUAUCAGUUCUCAUGACAUCCCUAGUCAGUACAAUUCUGAGCCCAGGUCUUGUAACUGAAGCUCAACCUCAGAGUUGUGUUUAGGUCUCUGGCCUUCAUACCAGUGGAGAGCACAUGAAGAAAAAGCUGAAUCCGAGCAUCAGUCCAGACUGUGGUUUUGCUCUCACUUCAUUUUCUUCUGUCGGGCUUUCCAACCAUUAACUGCUGGUUCUCAGAUGUACCCAUAAACCCUUGUGUUUUGGGUUUGUUUCCGUAUUUGGUUUGGAUUACAUUUCCAAUCCCACUCAUAGCGCUACAUGCUACAGUUAUCUGGCAGAAGGACACAGUCACAUUCUCAGUGUCAGUGACUCAUCGUCCAACAAAUGGUAUUGUUCUCACCCGGCAAAACAAACUCAACUACAGCAGUGAUCGUUCCACACUGUGGACAAACCCCUCCAAACAUACUGGUCGUACUGACCCUAGAAAACGUCGAAUUUGUGGGUUUCUUUCCUUUUUUCCUUUUGAAUCUGCUCGGUUCUUUUGAUAACUGGCUGCUGCUUAUCUGUUACAUAUUCUUGGCAACAUAGAUGGAGAUAGUGAUAGAUUUUUCUGUGUGUGUUCAGAGUCACCAUGGUUACGAAAAUCUUCAUAAGAGAUCUGAUUGUUGGUGGAGAUGAGAUCCUAUAUGUGACCUUGUAUUAGUGUGAAGUAAGUGCUUCAAAUGUGAAACACCCAAUAAAAAAUAUGUCUCAAACAAUCCCGCUGCUCUGUUGACAUUGUGAACAUUCCUCCUGAGCAGGCUGGAAUGCGUGUUGUAUUGUGAAUGAAACACACACAGUACACACCUAUAUACUAUGGUUUCAAUGGAAACGCUCUGAGCGCAAAGCCAUUCGACUAAACGAUCUAGAUUCUUUGCAUGACUCAGCAAAUACCUAAACUUAGCCCUAAGACCUUAAACAAAGUUAAUCUUAUCUGCCAAGGAUACAAUAACAAGUACAGACAGAGGCGUGUACACAAACACACAUAUCUCCUCAUGACAAACAUUUUGUACAUGGUUAAUUGUAUCAGUUGGGGUCCUCUGAGUGUUUGUGCAGAAGAGGAAAAUAAAU